AUGGGUUGCUGUUUGUCUUCGCUAAAGGAUUCUGUCAAAUCUUUUGAGUCAGUAGUUGAUCCCCAUGAUAAAAACUCAAGCUCUUUAAUAUUCUCGAGAUCAGGAAUUUUAGUUAAUCAUCUCUUUACACUACCUGGGACUACAGAUAAAGAUAUUUUAUUAGGUGAUGGUACAAAUAAAAUUUCAUCAUGGGUAUUAAAUGGUCCAAAACCAAUGGAACUACACUCAGCAUGGCUAAUAUCAAUGCUAAAACCUAUUCGUUCAAAUAUUGACACAAUUUGCUUAUUAGCUAGAUUAAUUUCAAUUGUUGAGCUUCAAGAUCCUCUUGAUGGCCAUACAACUUUAAGACAGACAUUAUAUGAUGCAGGAGCACCAGAAAUACUUUCUAAGAUUCUUCAACAUCAUAAUGGUUGUCCAGAAAUUAUAAUACACGUUAUUUACAUACUAACUCACCUAACUUUUAAUGAUGGUUUUUCUUAUGAUAUUGUUUCGCAGACAUUACCACAAUUCUUGGAUUUAUUACAAAUUAUCAGAACAGAAAAGUGGAAGGGAGAUGUUAAUUCUGCACUAUAUUCUGCAAUUUGGCGUUUUAUAUUUGUAUCUUCUUCGGAUUCAGUACGAGUAGCUGAGCAAUGGGUUAAUUCAAAUAUUGGACAUCAGAUAAUAAAUUAUUUAAGUACUCAAAAAUUGGAUGAGUACACAGAAGGUUGGGGUUUUGCAGCACUCAGAUUUUUAAUAAAGUCAAAUAUAGAAACAUGUAAAGAGUAUUGUAAUCUGGGAUUAGUUGACUUGACACUACAAAGGUUAAAAGCAAGCAGUGAUUCUUUUCUAUUGGAGUGUUUGUUAGCCAUUUUAGCAACUGUUAUGAUUACAAUGGAAGAUUAUGUAAUUAAUGAUCCAAUUGUGUUGAAGGAUAUAAUCAGAAUUGCAAUGGACCAUAUAACAGAAGGGUCAUUAAUAUUCUAUGCUCUUAUUAUUCUAAUUUUUGCAUGUAGAAGAGCAAAUAUCUACUGUCAUGUAAUAACUGCAGCAGAUGCUCAUUCAUUGAUACACCUUAUAAAUAUAACUCAUAAUAAUGAUAUUAUAUACCCUGACCUAAUAUAUAUGGCACGCAAUCUUGAAAAAUAUAUUUGUACAUGUUGUUUAAAUAUUGGAUUAGUACGUGUUACAAAGGAAAAUCCAACAAUAUCACUUCCAAAUGAUCCAAGUAAGUUUAUAAGAAAUAAAAAUUAG